UUAUAAUAUAAUUCAUAUAUUUAUCUGUGAUUUAAAUCCAAUGAAACCUAAAUUAAAGACACUUGUAAUCAAUGAAUUGUUUUUAGUGUUAAUAAUAUUGACUAUUAGUGUAAAUGUGUGCAAAUGUGAGGACAAACAGUUCACCAAUACUUUCGCCGUUCAUCUCAGACCAGAUAAAUGUGACGAAACCUCUGCCAAACAAUUGGCACUAAGAUAUGGAUAUCAAUACAACGGACAGAUCAUUGACUGUCACUAUUCAAUGCUCGUCCAUCACAUCGCCGAGAGGUCCGCAGAUUAUUCACAUUCACAUCACUCUCAGCUCAGCGAAGACAGUGAUGUGUUAUGGGUUGAACAGCAAGAGAUGAAGAUUCGUAAGAAGAGAGAUAACCCCAAUUCGGAGUACAGGUUCUCUGCAAAGCCAAUGCCAGACCCGCUCUACAAAGACAUGUGGUAUUUGAAUAAAGGAGCGCUCGGAGGAUAUGAUAUGAACGUGAAGGGCGCCUGGAAUAUGGGCUACACCGGGAGGGGUGUUGUAGUGACUAUUCUUGAUGAUGGCAUUCAACCAAAUCAUCCCGAUUUAGCCAAUAAUUAUGACCCUCAGGCCAGUUAUGAUAUCAAUGAUAACGAUCCCGACCCCACACCUCAAGACAAUGGUGACAACAAACAUGGCACGCGAUGCGCUGGAGAAGUGGCAGCUCAAGCAUACAAUGAAUAUUGUGGGGUUGGGAUUGCAUUCAAUGCCAGCAUCGGUGGCGUACGUAUGUUAGACGGAACCGUGACUGAUGAGGUGGAGGCGCGAGCGCUUAGUAUGAAUCCCAAUCACAUCGACAUAUACUCUGCGUCGUGGGGUCCAGAAGAUGACGGCAAGACAGUGGACGGGCCCGGAAGGCUUGCACAGAGAGCUUUUAUUGAUGGCAUACGAAAGGGACGUCACGGACGGGGAUCUGUAUUUAUAUGGGCAUCAGGGAAUGGCGGCCGACGUCUAGAUAACUGUAAUUGUGAUGGAUAUACCAAUUCUAUAUAUACUCUCUCCAUAAGCAGUGCCACACAAAAC